UCAUCAUUUUGGGCCAAAGUACAGGUCCUUUACCAUCACGCCACCUGGUGUCACUCUAGUGUUGGGCAUUUAACUGCAUGUACUGGGUUGUCUUUCUGCAGGCAAAUUGGGUUUCAGCAGUCCUCUAGAGUAGGCACUUCUGAAAAACGCUUCUUAUGAUCAUAUUUUCGCUUUUAAAUGGACAAAUCAGAGCCAAACCACCUCGUUACGCAAACGGCGGUGACGCUUGUGCGGCUGCAGGCACGAAACUCCUCGCUUCUUUCGAGGGGGGUCGGUGCUGCAUGGGGCGUCGGUGAAGGACCGGUUCGGCCAGUUCGCGACAUGUAUCCAGGCUGAAGGAAAGUGGAUUUGGAAAACCGGUCAAUCAGGCAGAGAGGAAAGAGCGGAGGAGCCCAGAAGAACCAGGAGAUCAGAGUCUCGGAGGAUCCAGGAGCUGCCGACCAGCGAUCAUGUUGGUUCUGCUCGCCUCGGCCGUCCUGCUAGCUUCGCUUUAUGUCCUCCUGGUGGAGACCGCCUUCAAGAAGUCCAAGUGUCGGAGCGCCGCGUCCAUGGCCGGCAAAGCGGUGAUCAUCACAGGGGGUAACACGGGCAUUGGGAAGGCCACAGCCACAGAGCUGGCCAGGAGAGGGGCGAGGGUCAUCCUGGCAUGUCGGCACCAACAGAGGGCAGAGUCUGCCAUCCGUGAUAUCCAGAAGGCAACUGGGAACAGCGAGGUGGUCUACAUGCAGCUGGAUCUGGGGAGCCUGCAGUCUGUGCGUUCAUUCGCAGACACGUUCCUGCGGACCGAGCCCAGGCUGGACAUUCUCAUCAACAACGCAGGCUUGGUGGCCGAUGGCCGCACCAAGGACGGCUUCGGGAUCGAGUUUGGCGUGAACCACCUGGGACACUUCCUGCUCACCUGCCUGCUGUUGGAGCGCCUGAACGAGGGCGGCGGGGGUCGUGUGAUCACGUUGUCCUCCGUCGCCCACCGCUGGGGUUACAUCGACUUUGACAGCCUCAUGGCCACCAAGGACCUGGGUUCGGGCCGCUACAGCUGGCAGUUUUUCCAGGCCUACUGCAACAGUAAGCUCUGCAAUGUGCUUUUUACCCGCGAGCUGGCCAAGAGACUCCAGGGCACCAACAUCAGCUGCUACAGUGUCCACCCAGGAAUCGUGCGGACUGAGCUCUCGCGGCACAUCAGCCUGUGGCAGAAGGUGUUCAUCGAACCCGUGGCUCAGCUGCUCUUCCUGGACCCAGAGGCCGGCGCCCAGACCACCCUGCACUGUGCGCUGCAGGAGGGUCUCGAACCGCUCAGCGGGAGCUACUUCUCCUGCUGCAAGCCGCAGGAGCUGGGCGCCCGCGCCACUGACGACGCCGUGGCUCGAAAGCUGUGGGAAGUGAGCGAAAGGCUGUGUGGUCUGUGCUGAGGGAGUGCACCCUCCUGGGGCCACUACACACCCAUCCCGCUGAGGACACCCACACAUGGGGCCUUCAGCUGCGCGGUGGUGUACGUGUAUUUCUCUGGAUGAUUCGACACCACCGCCAUCAUUGACAUUGCUCUGUGUUGUUUGCUUUGGCUGAAAGUAGGGUUGCAACGGACGUAUACGAACCAUACUGUGAGCUGUAGACCCCCGACCGCUGUGAAGUUAACCCCAACCAUUCUGGCCCGCCCACAUUUCGAAUCGGCCUGAGCCUCAGCUGCAGCGAUGACCACACUGGCUCGUUUACCCUUGUUUUUGUACAGCGGUACGGUGCUGCCCACACUGAGGACCGAGCUCAGAGGAGCUGUUCGGAGUCAUGUUUGUACGGACCCGUCUGGGCUGCGAUGUGACGUAUGCACGUGUUCAUCCCUCCAUGGAAAUAAAUGUAUGCAAACA